CCCGUUGGCUGUUUCCAAUAUAUCUUCUUCGGUGUAAAAAGCUAAAGAUAUUAAGAUAGCUUGCAUUCCAGUCUCAUUUUAUCUUCCUUCGUUUCCUUUGAUUUGCAAAGCAGAAAACAUGGCUGGGGUUGCAGUCAUAUGUCUCUCUCCCAUCCUCCAAGUGUUUUUUAAAAGAAUGGCGUCUGGCGAAUUUGUUGACUUUUUCGAGGGACAAAAACUCUGCGACAAACUCCUAAAAGAGUUGAAGAUACAAUUGAUGUCCGUGAAUGCAGUGCUUGAAGAUGCGGAGGAACAACGAUUUACAAGGCCUGAUGUGAAAGAGUGGCUUGAUAAGCUGGAAGAUGUUAUGUGUGAUGCAGAGGAAAUCUGCGACGAGAUUGCUACCAAAGACUUGCGACAGAAGCUGGAUGCUGAAUUUGGAACCUUUGGAAGUAAGGUACGUAACCUCAUCUCUACUUAUCGUUUUGUCAAGAAUGUAGAAAGAAAGAUCAAUUAUGCAGUUCACAUAUUGGAGUGUUUAGCAAGACAAUUGGGUUGUUUGGGUCUACGUAAAGGUGUUGGACGAAGGAAUCUAUCAGAAAGACAACCCACAACUUAUUUGGUUGAUGAAUCUAAUAUUGUUGGUAGGCAUGCUGAGAGGGAGGCUAUAAUUAAUUCGUUGCUUUCAGAUGAUGACAAAAAUAUAGGUGUGAUUGCCAUAGUCGGCAUGGGGGGGAUUGGCAAAACCUUCCUUGCUCAGCUCGUAUACAAUGAAGACAGUGUUAAAAAGCAUUUUGACCUUAAAGCAUGGGUUUGUGUUUCGGAUGAUUUUGACGUGUUAAAGCUAACAAAAAUAAUUCUAGAGGAAGUUAGUUCGUCUGCUAAUGCUGAUAGCAAGAAUCUGAAUCAACUUCAAAUUAAACUCAAGGAGGCGUUGAUAGGAAAGAAAUUCUUACUUGUUUUAGACGAUGUUUUGGAGAAGAGUUACGACAAAUGGGAGGAAUUAAGUAAGGCUCUUAAAUAUGGAGCACCCGGAAGUAAGGUCAUCGUAACAACACGUGAUGAUGAGGUUGCAUCGUUCAUGUCCACUAGUGCAACUCAUUCUGUAACGGAGUUACCCGAAAAAGAUUGUUGGUCAUUAUUUGCAAAAUAUGCAUUCCACGAUGGUAACUCUAAUGCAUAUCCAGACCUAGAAGCAAUAGGGAGACAAAUCGUAGAGAAGUGCAAAGGCUUACCUUUAGCAAUCAAGGUGAUUGGGGCUCUCUUGCAGUCUAAAUUAGAUGUUGAGGAAUGGGAUAAGAUAUUGAGAAGUGAAUUAUGGGAUUUACCAAUUGGGGAGACAGGCAUCCUUCCCGGUCUAAGAUUAAGUUAUAAAUAUCUUUCACCACAUCUAAAGCGAUGCUUUGCAUACUGCUCUAUAUUUCCUAGGGAUUAUGCUUUUAAAAAAGAUAAAUUAAUCUUAUUAUGGAUGGCAGAAGGUUUCUUGUUGCAAACCCGAAACAAAACAAUGGAAGAAGUUGGUGAUAAUUACUUCUUUGCUCUUGUAUCAAGAUCAUUAUUCCAAAAAUCAAAUCACAAUUCAUAUAUAAUGCCUAAUCUUGUUUACGAUUUAACAAAGUCUAUAUCUACACGAUUCACUUUAAGCCAUGAAGAUGAUUGCUCUCCUGAAAUUACAAGCAAUACUCUCCAUUUCUCGUAUUUUUGUUCAAAAUUUGAUUUUCAGAAGUUUGCGACCUUUCAUGGGGUUAAAAGGUUGCGCACCAUCCUACAAUUAAAUUCUGAUGUUCAGUUUGCAAGUUAUAGUGAUGUAUCGCAGCUUUCAAUACCAAUGUUAAGAUCCUUACAUGUGCUGUCUCUAUCUUACUAUCAAAAGAUAGCUGAGUUGCCAAAUUCAAUUGGUAAACUUAUACAUCUACGUUAUUUGGACCUUUCUUACACUGGGAUUAAAAGGUUGCCUGAUUCUAUAUGUAAGCUGUGCAAUUUGCAAACAUUGAAUUUAUCAAAUUGUUGGUAUCUUGCUGCCUUUCCAAGAGAUUUGUAUAAACUCAUUAAUUUGCGACAUCUUGAUUUUGCUCAAGCUAAGAUGAUAAUGGAGAUGCCGAUAAAUAUGGGUGAAUUAAGAUGUCUUCAAACAUUAACUAAAUUUAUCGUUGGAAAACACGGUAGAUCUGGCAUUGGAGAGCUAGGAAAACUUACGAAUCUUCGGGGAUCGCUUAUUAUUUUAGAGCUACAAAAUGUUGAAUCUCCUACGUAUAUGAUCUUGAGGGAGAAGCAUCUUACAGAGUUGGUAAUGGAGUGGAGAUUUGAUGCUAAUGAUCCAGAAAGUCAAAUACUCGUACUUAGUUGUCUCCAACCCCAUACAAGCUUGAAAAUCCUUGCUAUCAAUGGCUAUGGUGGUAAAAGUUUUCCAAACUGGGUAGGGCAUACUUCAUUCUCUAAUAUAACAUCUCUUCGUCUAGAACACUGUACCCAAUGUUGCAACUUGCCACCACUUGGGCAACUGCCCUCUCUGCAGGACCUCUCUAUUGUUGGGUUCGUGGAAGUUGUUAAAGUGGGUCAGGAGUUUUAUGGCAGCGGAUCUUCUUCAAUUAAGCCAUUUGAAGCCUUGAAAGUUUUAAAGUUCAAAUGUAUGUUGAAGUGGGAGGAAUGGUUUUCUUUUGACGCUGAAAACGAAGGUGGAGCUUUUCCUAAUCUUAGAGAGCUUCAAAUUUAUGAAUGUCCUAAGCUAACAGGAAGUUUGCCCGUCCAUCUUCUUUCUUUAGCCGAACUUAAUAUUCGUGACGCUGACAAUUUGAUGCAUUAGAGCUUACCAUCCAAAGCUAUGGGAAGUUAGGAGGUUAAAGAUCAUCUGGAUGGGAUGGGGUUUGCAAAACCUCCCGUCUGUUAGUCAUUGGCAAAUAUGAAGAUGUGGAGUCCUUUCCAGAGGUGCGGCUGCUGCCUACCAGACUUACCUUCUUCACAUCAAUGGCUUUCAAAAUUUGAAAUCUUUGGACAAGAAGGGGCUUCAACACCUCACUGCUCUUGAAGAAUUGGACAUCCAUAAUUGCCCUAAGCUCGAGUGCAUGCCAGAAGACGAGUUGCCUCUCUUUUUCUACUCUACAUAUCUACAGAUGUCUUUUGUUGGAGAAAGAGUGGGAAAGUAAAGAAGGAGAAGAAUGGUGCAACAUUGCUCACGUCCGUCACAAAUGGAUUAAUUUAGGCACAAAGCUCCACUGAGAGUGCUAACUCAACAUUUGAUGAUGGUGUCGUACGUGCAUAGUGCAUAUCUGCAAAUAAAUUGGGGCUGGUGUUUCAGUUACUACUCACGUUGGAGGUGCAUCCUUAUGGGAGAGCAUAUUGGACCAAUAAUAUUUUUGGAUGAGCCUUCAUCUUACCUAAAGUCUUUGGAUGCAGUGGCAGUGAUAAGGUCUUGACACUCCAGUCAAACAGAUGCCCCAUGUGUAGGCAACCAGUUAGCAGACUCUUGGAAAUCAAGGUCAACAAUGGACUUGAUGAUUGCUGACAGUUCGCUGCCAAACAGGAUGCUGUGAAGUUAUAAGCUCUCCUGCUUUGACAAUAAUAGUUUAUAAACAGAUAGAGGAAUGAACUAUGCUCAGUGACACACUUGCUUCUAUACUAAUGACCGGUUGUAACACAUUGGCUGCUAGCGCAAAGGGAAUCCUAUGUUGAUCUUCUUCAGCAAUAAAGGAGUACCAUAAAUGCUUGGGCUCAGAUGAAUUGUCACCUGAACUUUUGAUGUUGAGGGCUCAUGUUGCCGUCUACAAAACCUGGCCACCAACAAGCUAUCAUCACAAGAGUUCUCAAUUAGACAUCAGAAGAUAGGAAGGUUCACAUGCAAAUUCAGCUAAGCAUGAAAUAGAAGAUAAUUCAAGGAAAUUUAGUGCAUUGUUUUAUAAAGCUCACAGUGAGGACAUAUUGAAAACUGCUAUCGAUUAGCUUGUUCAGCUUUGCCAGGCUUUGGACAAUGGUGAUUUCAGUAUUGUUCUUCAAAUCCAAGUUCUUAGAGCUAGCAACUGGGAUGAGUGCAAAUUCUGGAUACGUACACUAAAGUGAAUGAUCAAGACAAGGCAGCAUGUGGAAUUGCAGUAAAGAAGGGCAGAUUCCUUCUGGUAUCUAAUUCCUGGAAUAAAAACUUGUUACUUGAAUGUUUUUCUUCUUGUAACAAGAUCAUUUCUUCAGUGUACACAACAAGAAUGGCUUCUCUAGAUAUCAGUCGCAGGAAUUUGGUUCUCUAGAAUAGCUUUAUUGGCUCUCAAUUAAAUGCUGUUUUUGGAAGCUGUUAGUGGAGAUACGUACCUCUCAGGACAUUGACGGACUAUUGCUGACUGUUUUUGUUCAAUACUUGUUUGCACAGUUAGAGGAAUGGACUUUGCUCUGUGUCCUAUUUGCUUCAUCAUGUAGACUUUUACCCACUUCCACCCCACUCAUUCUACUCACUGGUAUGCUGAGAACUUGGUAAAAGAAGAAGAAAAAGAAGAUGGAAGCAAUUCUGUCUUGGGUCUCAGAGCACAAGCUGACCAGCAUAAGUCGGGGCGCUCUGGGAAUCACGUGCAAGAUCUCCCCUGAAGCCAAGCCUUAGGCAUAUUCAUGCAAGGAUGCACGCACAAGCUUUGACAUUGGCGGUGCUCUCUAGCACAGCCGCCUAGCACUACUACAAGAAGCAUACAGCGGAUCAAGGAGAGUGGCCUUCAAAGUGAUCAGAGAGAGAGAUUGAUUAGGGUUUUGAUUAGGAUUUGGUGGAAAAGACUAUUGUUCUUGCCUUGGCAACUGGGUAAAUCUUUGUGUAAGCUUGUUGAGACAUAUGCUGAAACUUUAGCAAGUCAUGUGCUUUUAACAACGGCAAUGGAGUACCUUGAGGUUUUUGGCUCCCAUGAGCUGUCACCUGAACUUGUGAUCUUAUGGGAUGGCAUUGCACUUUACAGAACUUG